ACAACAACAGAAAAACAGAACACUACUAGAAGAAAGAAGAACAAGAAUUGCAAAAAACUUGUGAGAGAGAGCACAAAAUUCAAACCAAUUCAGAUCCUUAAACUUUAAGUAGUUUCUUCUCUGUUCUGUCGUUUUGUAUCAAAAAAAUUGUUUUUUUGUUUGGUUUGUUUUGCAGAAACCGGUGUUUUUGUGCGUUUUUAUGUUAAAAUGCUAAAAACUGUCUGAAAAGGGAAAAUGAUACUAGAAAAUGGUUUAAUUCUCAAUUGGGUUUUCAUUUUGAUGUUAAAGUUUUGAACUUUUUGAGUUUUUGGAAUCUGGGUUGUGAAAAAAAAAAUGGAGUGUUGGAAUAGUGUUGAUGGUGUGGUUGAAGAGAUAAUGAGGAUUCAUAGAUCUUUACCUGUUAGACCAGGGAUUGAUGAAGUUGAAGCAGCAAAAGGGUUGAUUUUGAAUGUUGAAAAGGAAGAUCAACUUAGGUUUGAUUCUAUAGGUAGACAGAGUAAAGGAAAUGAUGUACCUGAUGAACUUUUCAUGAUUUUGCAAGAGAUGCAGAAGAAUUAUGUUUGUUUUCAAAGUAAUGAACAGAAGAGGGAAGCUUUGAAACUUCUUGAUCUUGAAAAUGUUCAUUCACUGUUUGAUGAAUUGAUUCAGAGAGCUUCUGAUUGUGUUUCAAAUCCAAGUGGUGGUUCUACUGGUUCAAAUUCUAGGAAAAUUGGUUAUUCUAACGGUUCUAAUGGUUCUGCUUCAACGGUUUCGACGAAUUUUUCAAAGAAUUUGGCUUCUUCUUCUGGUUCUGGUUCUAGAAGUGGUUUUGAUAAGCAGGUUCCUUCAAGUGCUGGUUCUUCUUCCUUGGUUCGUGUUGAGAAAGAUGUUUCUGCUAAGGGUUCUGAAUUGUUUACAAGAGAUGAUAGUUAUGUGAGUAAGUCCAAGUCUACACUCUACCAUAAUGGGUUUGGAAUUGAACCAAAUUUCUCAUCCAAACCACAAAUAAUGGAUUCAUCAUUGAAAUCCACAGCUUCUGCAGGUCAAGAUGGUGAUAAGUUGAGUUUGAUUAAACUUGCUAGCAUAAUUGAGGUUUCUGCGAAGAAAGGAACUCGUGAUCUCAAGCUCCAGGGCAAGUUGAUGGACCAAGUUGAUUGGUUACCUGAUUCUAUAGGGAAGUUAUCUAGUUUGGUUACCCUUGAUCUAUCAGAGAAUAGGAUUGUGGCUAUACCUUCCACAAUUGGAGGCCUUUCAUCAUUGACCAAAUUGGAUUUACAUUCCAAUAGGAUCACAGAGAUUCCUGAUUCUGUUGGAAAUCUCUUAAGUCUGGUUCAUUUAUAUCUGAGGGGGAACAGUUUAACAACCUUACCGGCUUCUGUGAGCAGAUUGAUACGUCUUGAGGAGCUUGAUGUGAGUUCAAAUCUAAUUACAGUACUUCCUGACUCUAUAGGGUCACUUGUUAGCCUCAAAGUGUUGAAUGUGGAAACUAAUGAUAUCGAAGAAAUUCCAUAUUCUAUUGGUAAUUGUUCUUCCUUAAGAGAGCUUCAUGCUGACUAUAAUAAGCUUAAAGCCCUGCCAGAAGCUUUAGGGAAGAUUGAGAGUUUGGAGAUUUUGUCUGUGCGGUACAAUAACAUCAAACAGCUACCUACAACAAUGUCAACAUUGAUAAACCUGAAGGAACUUAAUGUGAGCUUCAAUGAGCUUGAGUCCAUUCCCGAGAGCUUGUGUUUCGCUACCUCUCUUGUCAAAAUGAACAUUGGAAACAAUUUUGCUGACAUGAGACACUUACCUAGAUCAAUUGGGAACCUCGAAUUGCUUGAGGAAAUGGAUAUCAGCAAUAAUCAGAUACGUGUUCUCCCUGACUCGUUUAGGAUGCUCACAAACUUACGCGUCUUGCGAGUGGAAGAAAAUCCUCUUGAGGUUCCACCUAGAGAAAUAGCUGAGAAGGGAGCACAGGCUGUUGUUCAGUACAUGGCUGAGUUUGUGGAGAAGAGGGAUAAGAAAGAUGUUAAACCACAGCCACUUAAGCAGAAAAAGAGUUGGGCUAAUAUCUGCUUCUUUUCAAGGAAUAACAAACGAAAGCGUGACGGAGCUGAUUACGUGAAAGCUUGAUUUCCUUUAAAGACACAUCAAGAACUGAUUCCAUUAGUUCACUACAUGUGACAUGGCUAUAUUUCUUCAGCGGGAAUCAUAGCAGGGACGGGAAGGUUCGGCUGCCGAUAUUCUCUCCAUUUUCCUGUUUGGCAAGGAUUGAGAAAUAGAGACAGAACCAAAUAUCUUUCAGUCUAAGGUCAAUACAUGGAUGGUGGGAGAAUGAAUUGACAGCAUUGGCUGGAUGUUGCUACAAUUCCAUUUGAGUUGGCGGCACAAAUUUGUAGAUUUCUUGUUCAAUAUUUUCUGAUUUCUUUUUGAACUUUUCAAUUUUAUUUCAUUUGAAUUUCUGUUAUCUUGAAAUUAGGAAGUGUACACAAUCCAACAGGAAAAUAGAGAUGAUGGAGAGAGAGAAUGAAUGUGAUUAUGUACAAUUGAACCUUUAAUCCAUUGUUAAAUGAUUCAUAGUUACUGUUACUGAUUGUUAUUUUAUGUGAA